CUCAAGUUCAACCUAGAAUUCCAGACGCUCAAGAAGUUCCAGCUGUGAGCUCCACACAUGGACCCACCAACCAGCGUGGAAGUCAAGGAAGUGAAGGCAGAUUCCAUAACUUUGACCUGGAGGAAUCCAUCUGAUCAAAAAUGUAAAUGUCUAAUUGUUGAAUACAAAAAGAAGCAGGAAACUGAAUGGACAUCUGACCCUGUGAAGAGGGAGCAGGAGACAACAACUCUGUCAGGACUGGAGCUAGACACUGAGUAUCACAUCAGAGUCAUAGCUAUAGGUAAACAAGGCGGUUCUGUCAGCAGUGAUGUUGUUACGGCUGUGACUGCUAACAACACCAUGAAACCACCAACCAAUGUGGUGGUCAAAGAAGUGAAAGCAGACUCCAUAACCUUGACAUGGCGGAAUCCAUCAGAUCAACAAUUUCAAUUUCUUAUUCUUGAUUACAAAAUAAAGCAGGAGACUGAAUGGACAUCUGAUCCCAUGAAGAAGACCCAGGAGACAGAAACUCUCUCAGGACUGGUGCUAGACACUGAGUAUGAGAUCCGAGUCACAGCUAUGGGAAAACAAGGCUGUUCUGUCAGCAGUGAUGUUGUUACUGCUCUGACUGCUAAAACUACCAUGAACCCACCAACCAAUGUAGUUGUGACAGAAGAGAAAGCAGACUCCAUAACCUUGACCUGGACAAAUCCAUCUGACCGAGAAUGUCGAUUUCUCAUUGUUGAAUACAAAAAGACACAUGAUACUGAAUGGACUGAAUCUGACCCUGUGAAGAAGACCAAGGAGAUGAUUACUGUAUCAGGACUGGAGCUAGACACUGAGUAUCACAUCAGAGUCACAGCUGUGGAUAAACAAGGCUGUUCUGUCAGCAGUGAUGUUGUUACUGUUGUGACUUCCAAAAUUACAAUGAAACCGCCAACCAAUGUGGUGGCUAAAGAAGUGAAGACAGACUCCAUAACCUUGACCUGGAGGAACCCAUCUGAUCAAGAAUAUCGAUUUCUAAUGGUUGAAUACAGAAUGACACAUAAGACUGAAUGGACUGAAUCUGACCCUGUGAAGAAGAACCAGGAGACAGCAACUUUAUCAGGACUGGAGCUAGACACAGAGUAUCACAUAAGAGUCACAGCUAUGGGCAAGGACUGUUCUGUCAGCAGUGAUGAUGUUACUGCUGUGACCAAAGCCAUUAGUCCACCAACCAAUUUGGAAGUUGAAGGAGUGAAGGCAGACUCCAUUAAGCUGACCUGGAGGAAUCCCUCUGACCAACAAUACCAAUCUCUAUCUAUUGAAUACAGAAAGAAACAUGAGACUGAAUGGACAUCUGACCCUGUGAAAAAGACCCAAGAGACAACAACUCUGUCAGGAUUGGAGCUAGACACUGAGUAUCACAUCAGAGUCAUAGCUAUAGGUAAACAAGGCGGUUCUGUCAGCAGUGAUCUUGUUACGGCUGUGACUGAUAACAACACCAUGAAACCACCAACCAAUUUUGAAGUCAAGGAAGUAAAGACAGACUCCAUAACCUUGACCUGGAAGAAACCAGCGGAUCAAGAAUAUCGAUUUCUAGCGGUUGAAUACAGAAAGGCGAAUGAGACUGAAUGGGCUGAAUCUGUCUCUGUGAAGAAGAACCAGGAGACAGCAACUUUGUCAGGACUGGAGUUAGACACUAAGUAUGAGAUCAAAGCCACAGCUGUGGGGCAACAAGGUGGUUCUGUAAGUAGCGAUGCGGUUACUGCUGUGACCAAAGCCAUUAAUCCACCAACAAAUUUGGAAGUUAAAGAAGUGAAGCUAGACAGUAUAAUAUUGACCUGGAGGAAUCCACCUGACCAAAAAUAUGAAUCUCUAUGUAUUGAAUACAGACAGAGAGAGGAGAAUGAAUGGACACCUCACUCUGUGAAGAAGACACAGGAGACAACAACUCUGUCAGGACUGGAGCUAGACACUGAGUAUCACAUCAGAAUCACAGCUAUAGGUAAACAAGGUGGUUCUGUCAGCAGUGAUGUUGUUACUCGUGUAACGGAUAAAAUUACCAUGAAACCACCAACCAAUGUAGCGGUCAAGGAAGUAAAAGCAGACUCCAUAACCAUGACCUGGAGGAAUCCAUCUGAUCAAGAAUAUCAGUUUCUAAUCAUUGAGUACAAAAGCAAGCAGGAGACUAAAUGGUUAUCUCAAUCUAUCAUGAACAACCAGGAGGUAGCAACUCUAUCAGGACUGAAGCCAGACACUGGGUAUGAGAUCAAAGUCACAGCUGAGAGUAAACUCGGCAAAAUCAGCAGUGAUGUUGUCCCUGGUGUGACUGUCAUCAUUAGCCCACCAACUGAUGUGGCAGUUACUCAAAUGAAGGCAAACUCCAUCACCUUGAAAUGGUCAAACCCAAAAGAAUGUAAAUAUCUGAAGCAGUACAUCAUUGAAUAUAAGACUAAGAAAAGCAGUGUCUGGCUGAAAGAAGAAACUGGAAAGGAGGCAUAUACAUCUACUCUGACAAAUCUGCAACAAAAUACCGCCUACUCCAUCAGAAUGCUUACAGAGACUUGCCACGGAAUGAGUGAACCUAGUGAAGAGAUACAACAUAAAACCAAAAAAGAAGUCCCAGACAGAACGAGGUUCAUCCAUAAACUAGACACUGAUUCACCAUCACUGUAUGUCUUAAAGCUACAGUCAGAAGGAGGACCUCAGUUCCAGAAAAAGAUUUUUGGAGAAUCUCAAGCAAAUUGCCUCUCAAAUAGAACCAUCAUGCUUGUUGGUGCCACUGGAUCUGGCAAAACAACCCUCAUCAAUGGCAUGAUUAACUAUGUACUGGGAGUUGACUGGGAGGACAAUUGGAGAUUUAAACUGAUAGAUGAAGAGACCAAUAAAUCACAAGCACACAGUCAGACCUCGGAGGUGACAGCCUAUCAGAUUAACUGCACAGAGGAAUUCCAAAUUCCUUAUUCGAUCACAAUCAUUGACACCCCUGGUUUUGGGGACACCAGAGGAAUCAAACAAGACAAGGAGAUCACAGAGAGAAUAAGACAGUUUUUUACCAAUAAGGAUGGCAUUGAUUCAAUUGACGCAGUGUGCUUUGUAGUGCAGGCUGCUUUAGCUCGCCUGACACACACACAGCGAUACAUAUUUGAGGCAAUCCUGUCUGUGUUUGGGAAGAACAUCGCAGACAACAUCAUCACUCUGGUCACUUUUGCUGAUGGCAAAAGUCCUCCAGUACUGGAGGCCAUCAAAGAGGCUCACAUCCCAUGUGCUAUAAAGGAUGGUACUCCUGUCCAUUUCAAGUUUAACAACUCUGCCCUUUUUGCCGACAACACAAGAGGCAUCGGUGAUGAAGGAGACUUUGAUUUCAUGUUCUGGAAAAUGGGAAAUGCAAGCAUGAAAAAGUUCUUUACUCAGCUAGACACAAUGCAAACCCAGAGUCUGACCCUGACAAAGCAAGUUCUCCAAGAGCGCAAACAGCUUGGAACAACUGUUGAGGGAGUGCAGCCACUCAUCAAAAAGGGAUUGUCAACCAUGGAGGAAAUACGAACCACACAAGCCAUUCUGGACACACACAAGACCCAAAUUGAAGCAAACAAGGACUUUGAGUACGAGGUAGAGGUAGAACAAACAGACAGGAUUGAGAUUCCAACGGGAAAAUUUGUCACCAACUGCCAUACUUGUAACUUCACCUGCCACUACCCUUGUAUUUAUCCAGACGAUGGUGAAAAAAUUAAAUGUUCUGCGAUGACAAAUGGAAACUGCACUGUGUGUCCAGGAAAAUGUGUGUGGAGUGUUCAUUUCAAUAUAACCUACAGAUGGGAGAUUAAACGUGUGAAGGAGAAGAGGACAUAUCAGGAUCUUAAGAGUAAAUUUGAGACAGCACUCGGACAGAAGAUGAGCACCGAGAAAAUUGUGGAACAGCUGAAAGUAGAGUAUGAUGCUGUGAAGCAUGAAGUUUCACUUAUGAUGGCAACUGUUUCCAAAUGCCUGACACGUCUGAAUGAAAUUGCACUUCGGCCAGAUCCUUUGUCUACUCCAGACUACAUUGACAUGUUGAUAGAGGCAGAGAAAGCGGAUCCCAAGCCUGGAUGGCAGCAGCGCAUCCAAGAAUUACAGGAAGUCAGAGAAAAUGCCGUUCUAAUGCAGGAGAUGAAACAGGGCCUCAGUGGAGCACUGUCAGUGGAUGAAUCAACAAAUCAAGAGACUCCUCAACUUCAUGAAAAUGACAAGGAGGGAUCAGUUGUCCCCACGUCUCGUGUACAACAAGUGUUGCGGGUGUUUAAUCCAAUGAAUUGGUUUAUCCAAUCAAAACCUAAGCACCUGCAAAAAAAGUCCUGCUGA